AUGGGGCCCUCAUCGCCGCCGGCCGCCCACUCCAGUGCUGGCAGCGGUACUCGUAGUAGCAGCCCCCCGUCGCCGACUCAACCUCCUCCACAAGAGCCUCCGGUCAAUCAUCCGCUGGCACUGGCAACUUCGCAGGGCCAAGGUCGCCGUCGCUUCACCCAUCACUUCCACAUCAGGCACCGCCUGGCAACAUGGCAUGCGCAUGACCUGCAUGGCAACGACACCGACCACGACACCACCAUGCCGUCCCUCCAGUCGCCGCGAGGCAACUUCAACCAGAAGCUGAAGAACUUCUUCAAGAUCAACAACGACUCCAAGGCGUCCCACGCCUCCGACCGCGCUCUCGACACCGGCGCUCUCAAGAACAACGACAGCAAGAGCAAUGGCUUCCGGAACACCAAGUUCUUCUCCACCGUCGGCCGGCUUCGGUCGACCACCACCGCCAGCGAGGGCAACACCCUCGACGAGGCCAUGAGCCCGACCGCCCACGCCAACCCCUACUACGCUCUCCAGGGCCAGCCCGCCAUCCAACAUCAUAACGACGGCUCCAUACCGCCCAGCCCCCCCGACACCCCCACCCUCAAGAUCUCCGGCCCGGACGGAUCGAAACCCCAGGCCACCAACGCUACCAAGGAGGAGUUGGCCAGGAAACUCCGCAGAGUAGCAAGUGCUCCGAAUGCCCACGGCCUCUUCUCCAAGGGAAAAGGUAGCGGUGAGAGGCCCGCGACCGCCGAGCUGGGCAAGGAGCCGCUCGUCCACGGCCCAGAUUCUGCCGGCGUCGGCCUGGUUGACAAGGCCGGCAUCAUCGAAUCCGGGAGCCUCUCCGUGCCCGAUAGGGACGGGCUCGGUGCCCUGCCUUCACCUGGCCCAAGUCCGUUGGCCUUCCGCAGGACGUACAGCUCGAAUUCCAUCAAGGUCCGCACCGUCGAGGUCGGUCCCUCUAGCUUCGACAAGAUCAAACUCAUUGGAAAGGGAGAUGUCGGCAAGGUCUAUCUUGUGCGGGAGAAGAAGAGCACGCGGCUCUAUGCUAUGAAAGUUCUGAGCAAAAAGGAAAUGAUCAAGCGCAACAAGAUCAAGAGAGCCCUCGCUGAACAGGAGAUCCUUGCAACGAGCAACCACCCCUUCAUUGUUACGCUGUAUCAUUCAUUCCAGUCUGAAGAUCAUCUUUACCUGUGUAUGGAAUAUUGCAGUGGUGGAGAGUUCUUCAGAGCUCUGCAGACGCGCCCUGGCAAGUGCAUCCCGGAGGACGACGCUCGCUUCUAUGCCGCCGAAGUCACAGCUGCCCUCGAGUAUCUGCAUCUCAUGGGUUUCAUAUAUCGCGACCUGAAGCCGGAGAACAUCUUGCUUCAUCAGUCUGGGCACAUCAUGUUGUCGGACUUUGACCUCUCGAAGCAGUCGGACCCGGGCGGCAAGCCCACGAUGAUCAUGGGGAAGAACGGCGCCAGCACCUCCUCAUUGCCUGCGAUAGACACCAAGUCAUGUAUUGCCAACUUCAGGACAAAUUCUUUCGUGGGGACUGAAGAGUAUAUUGCCCCUGAAGUCAUCAAGGGUAGUGGGCAUACCAGUGCCGUUGACUGGUGGACCUUGGGCAUUCUGAUCUACGAAAUGCUUUACGGAACCACCCCUUUCAAGGGCAAGAAUCGCAAUGCGACCUUCGCAAAUAUUCUUCGGGAAGAAAUUCCUUUCCCGGAACACUCUGGUGCUCCACAGAUAUCAAAUUUAUGUAAAUCUUUGAUUCGCAAAUUGCUGAUCAAGGACGAGACUCGGAGAUUAGGAGCUCGUGCCGGUGCGUCAGACAUCAAGGGGCACCCUUUCUUCCGGACGACACAGUGGGCCUUGAUCAGACAUAUGAAACCCCCGAUUGUCCCCAACAGUAGUAAAGACAACGAUACGAUCAACUUUAGAAACGUCAAGGAAAGCGAAAGUGUCGACAUCAGUAAUACCAAGACGAGGAAUCUCAAGGGCGUCCCUCUUGACAGCGGCCUGGCAACUCCAGGAAACGAGGUCGUUGAUCCAUUUGAGGAGUUCAACAGCGUGACGUUACAUCAUGAUGGUGAUGACCACCAUUAUGACAGUCAAGGGUCAACAGCAUGA